ACACAACAAAGACAAAAAAGAAAAGAGGAGAGCGAGUUAUAUAUAUUUUUUUUGUGUCUUGGAAAAUACCCGUUCUCUUGGCAUUUCCGAAAUACAAUUUAUUUAUAGCCCAAUCAAACACGCACAGACACACACGCAUACAGACACAAAAUAUGCCAAAACUAAAGAGUUUACUGCCCAAUAUCUUUGGCGGCAACAGAGACACAAACAACGGUAACAGUAGCAACACAAACAUGAGUGCGGAGGGACGUUUGGAAACAGAUGCACUGCCAGUUAGCGAGGCAGAUAACGACAAUAGCGGCGCAUUAUCGCUGUCCUCCAAUACGCCAACACCAUCCGCUGAUCUAACCGAAUCGGUGCUGCGCGAGCUCUCCGAUCCCAAUUACAAUUCCAUGGAUGUGGUGCAAUCGGCGCAAAUACCAGGAAGUGCUCUAGUGAAUGGUAACACCAAUACCAUGAACACAAUGAACGUGCACAGUGCACAGCAACAGGUGGUGAUGAACUUCUCGAAUGCCAGCAAUUUGCAUUUUGGCUCCGUAUACAAUUUCAAUCAAAAUUUAACUGGCUGCAGUUCACGCAAAGGCAGCACUAGCACAACGGAGGAUGUGGCCGGAGCGCUGCCAUCCGAUGCCAAAGUCCGACAUGGUGUGCCAAGGAAAACCGUUAGCAUUGUGGCAAUGAUGCAGUCACAGCAGGAGCCAGACGAACGAUUGCUGGACGCGGUCGCCACUCACCUGGGCGAAGGCUGGAAACAGGUGAUGCGCGAUCUGGGCCACUCAGAGGGUCAGAUCGAGCAAGCAAUAAUUGAUCAUCAAAUGCAUGGCAACAUCAAGGAGGUGAUUUAUCAACUGUUGCUACAGUGGCUGCGCAGUUCUGAUGAUGGCGUUGCCACCGUGGGACGACUCACCACCUUGCUGUGGGAAUCCCAGCAUCGGGAGUGUGUGCAGCGCAUGAAACUCGUUUGGAAGGCACUCGAGAAGCGCAAGACAUCCAGUUAGGCAGUUAAAAAACCAGGGCUACAACAUAUCCAAUUAGUAUAAGUCACUAAUUAAGCUGUUUUCCAAACAAAACAAAAAACCAGAAACAACUCAGCAAUUAGCGUAGAGCAUUCUAACUUUUGUGCAAUAAUAUUUGUUAAACUAUUUUUGUU